UUUGUCGUUCUACCGUGUUUGUACCGCAAGACCUGAAAAAGUUUUAUUUGAUGAGAAAUAACAAAUAAAAAAUAUAUUUUAAUUUCAUCUCAAACAUUUUUUAGCGAUCAAGGAAACGAAGAGACGAAAGAAGGUGUGCAAAGGUGCAAAACAAACGCCUACAGGUAGACAAAUUCGUCUACGCGAGGUGAUCUCAAGUGAUCUUGAUGUGAUCAUUGGAAUUUCAACAAUUUAAUAUGCAGAUUUUUUUUGUGGCACAUAAAAUUUUUGUAUAGAUAAAAAAAAGUUUUUCUCAAUUUUACUUUCAGCUUCUUAUUCUGUGAUUUUUUAGCUAAAAUGUGUGUGAUUUUUUUUGUUCCAUAGAAAUCUUACGUUACGAUCGUGAUCUUUAAGCAAUCUUUUUUGAUUAUAUUAUUUAAGUGAUCGCAUGAGUGAGAAACAUAUUCCUGUAAUUACCUAGAUAUUUUUCAGUGUGUUAAAUCACACCUCUUAGCAUGACAAAGACACACAAUUUCCCGGGUACAUUCAAUUAAUAAAAUAGCAAACGAUGCAAUUGUACGCAUUCGGGAUCAAUAAAGUGUGGUAGUUUUAGCACGAGACCCGAACAGUAUAAUGAAAACUACACGAGAUGGUGAUGAAAUUGAGCUUGAUUUAAGUUACACAAAUUGGAUAUUAUAAAACUGGCUGGGUGCUUAAUUGAACAACAUAUAAUUGCACUUUUUUUUAAUGUUGCCACUCAUAUACACAAAGUAUAAUAUGGCUCAAUGGGUCCCGUGUUACUAAUAGUUGGUUUUGUUGUACCAUAAGAUGGUUACAGUAUUGUCCUUGUUUACUCUCCAUAUUAGGUGCUAAAAUGUUGACUUUUUUCUUUAAUUUCUCGCUCUCACUCACUCAUUGAAAAACUUCAAAAGUGAAGAGAUAUACAGUGAAUAGCAAAAGUAUCAAAACACUUCUUUUAAUUCAUAUUUUCAUGUGACUAAUACUCGAGAAUCGACAAGAAAAAAAUACUUGUCAUUACUCUUAUCGCAGUUUUUUAUACAAAUCCUCAUUUCCUAUUGACUCUUUCCUCUGCAAUAAAUCACAUAGACGCGAUUACAAUAAAUACCGCGGCAAUUGAUCUCAAGUAUAGCAGAUUAAAUCAAAUUUAUGCCCACUUGUGCCACUUUCUCGGAAAUGAAAAAAAAAACGUUCGCUAUCACAAUUUAAAGAAUUAAAUUGAUAAGGAUUUGUUAUCGCGCGACAUUCUCACAUUGACCAAUAUAAAAGCCCAGAGUUUCUCCUAAAUAAUCAUCAAAAGUGAAUUAAUUCUCUUGAGAAAAUGAAGGUCUUUGUGAUUGUUUUCCUUGGCAUCAUUGCCUGUGCUUCAAGCCUGCCUUUUGCGGAUAUUGAGUGUCCACCAGUUGAUGAUGAACACGGCCAGGCUGUUGUCGUCCCGCAUCCAUCAGAUUGCUCAUUCUACGUCAUCUGCACUCAAGGUGUCCCCGUGGUGAGACCUUGCAGCGAAGGACUUGUCUUUAAUCCCGAAACUUCGACUUGCGAUUGGCCUCACAACGUCCCAGAAUGCAGUGGAAAUUCUGAUUAGGAGCCUGACAGCUUUAACCAUGGUCCUAACUCUCUGAGGAUAUAAAGUCUGAUGGAAGUUCUUCUGUAUUGAAGCCUGACAAUUUGUACUGAUGAACGAUAUAUGUGAAUUGAUAUUUAAUUUAUAAAUAAGAUUUUCUGAAAACUAAA